UCCUACCAAAAGCUGGCUCUCUAUAGUACUAAUCUUAUUUUAUUUUUACCUACUCUUUCUCCUUUUUCUUAUAUUAGAAUUUACUCUGUCUUGCAUUUCUUACAGAGGGUUCUUUCAUGCAGAAAUGUCUACAUAUUCAUCUACUUUGCCUUGCAAUUUUCCUUGUGUUAAACACCACUUCACUUUGAAAAAUAGAACAGUAGAAAAAGGGCGAAUUAUCUGGUUUCUAGAGUACAUCUCUACUGAUAAUAGCCACUAACAUUGUAAAGAUUGACAUAGUAACCUGGGAAUUCCUUUGCAGCAAAGUACCGGCUAAUCAAAGAACUGUCAUUAUUUACUUUGCAGGAAAUUCUCUAGAGCUGGUUGAGCUAGCCAGUGUAUAUCGCACAUCAACGCUGGCACUGACGGCGCCCUCGCUGUCGCCGUCAGCCAGCUGCGACUGCUGCUGCCCUAGGUCUGGAGAUGCACGGCGUGCAGGCCAAGGCCACGCGCAGGUUGCCAUCAUUCCGCUCCUGCAAGAGGUAUGCCGCCUGUCGAGCUCUCAGCGCUGGGCCCAGAACCAGCCAGGCGGGACGUGCCAACCAUGGGUCCUGUUGUUGGGGCGGUGGACGCCAGCCCACCAAGGGUUACUGCAAGUCAUCCGCCACUUGCGCAUGCCGCACACCCCAUCUCGCCGUCCGCAGAGAGCCAAGAAGUCGCCGGCCGUUGGUCGCCACCAGGAAAAGCCACCGUGUACAGAAUGGCAAGCACGCAGUCACCGGAGGGGGGAACACCACCAUGCGCCUGGCGCGCAAGCUGGUUGUCUCCAAGAGGGGCCUCGCCAUAGCUGAAAAGGGAGAGGAGUCGAGGUCCUCGGCAAGUACUCCGCCGCCUUCGACAGCCCCCCUCUCACCGGAGCAGAUCGGCGCCCUCUCCAACCUGGCAAAGUCUGCUCGCAAGAAGGGGGCCUCACUCCAGCCAAGCCGCCCGCCCCUACCCAGAUGGUUACCCCAGUCUAGUAAGCCGUUGUUCUUUUGUCAGUUUGCAUCAGGUCGAAAUUGUAUCCCCAAUGAGUCACAACCUUGUUAUCGGGAAUGUCUGCGGCCUCAAGGACUUUGCUUGUAGAGGAGUAGUGUGUGGGAUUGUUAUGAGGCACAAUGCAGUGAUGUAUAAUAGCCAUUGCUAAUGAAAAGAUCAACACAAGUAACUGAGGAUUUGUUUGCAGUACCAACCAGUGCAUCACGCUUGGAAAUUUGUCGGAACGUAGCAUUUGCUUUAUGUAUCCAGCUUAUUAUUCA